CUGAGUCAGACCAGUUGUCAGAGGUGUCCGGGAGGGAACCUGGAACCUUCUGCAUGCUGAUGCUCUUCCCAGAACAGCCCCAUCCCCUAAGGGGAAUAUCUUCCAGUGCUCACACAUGUUGUCUCCCAUUCAAAUGCAAACUAGGGCAGACCCUGCUUAGCAAAGGGGACAAUUCAUGCUCGCUCCCACAAGACCAGCUCUCCUCCUUUAGUGAGACUUGCUGGGGAGUGUUUCCUUCUAUAUAAAGCAAUAUUCAGAUGUGAACUAUUCUUCUCUCCCCUCUUAGGGUGUCCUUGUUGGUAUUACCUGGCCCGGAAGGACAGAGCUGAGACCACAGACAGCUCAGGAGAAGCAGCAGGGAGGCCGAGACGCCGAGGACAGCCACAGUUACUGCGUAGUUCAGGCAAUUCUCCUUCAGGUCUGCAGAGGGAGCUUUAAGAGGAGGAGGAAGAGAAGAAACAGGGGUGCUCAUGUCGGCCCUUGACAAAUUUGCUUUGGAUCUGGAUCCAGCCCAAAGGUUUAGGAGUCAGUCAGUGAAUUCCUGACAAAAUUACCAGCUUAGUGAUGGUCAUUGUGAAGUGGGAGGUUAAACAGUUUCUCUUUGUCCCCUUUCCAAGUAACAGAGAACAGAAACAGGACUGCCGGGGGCAAAUGAAGACCUUAUUAAAUAACUUCUCUUCUGAAUAUCCUAGUCUAGGCUUCAAGGUCAAAUUCCUAGGCGCCAUGGUUCCCUGGCACCUGGGAUUUCUCAAGCCCUGGCUUACAUCAUGACCUAACCUUGAGCAGCAACUUGGGGUCCAAUCCUGGGAAUGAGGCCCAGCCAACUUGAACAUUGGACCCAGUCCUGAGCCCCCAACUGGGUCCAGAGCCUGAAGAUCCUCCAUAACAGGAGCCCCCAGAGGCAGCCCCCACAUCCUUGACCAGAUCUACGCUGGGAACCUGGCACUUCUCCGGACCUGCAGCCAGACUGGUCUCCGCUCUCCAGGCAGGGAGGAGGGAGGGAUGGAGCCCAGAGACAGGGGAGGCCUCAGCCCAUCUCUGGCUGGCACUGCUUGCAAUCAGUGGCAAACUGGAUGCUCUCUGAGAUCCUGCAACUCUGAGCUGCCUUGCUUGCUGACAUCCCCAAAGACAACCCUGUGUUACCUCCCCAACCCCGCUCCCACCACACACAGAUUCUGGCCCCAUGAGUUUUUCUCAGAAAUGGCUGCUGUGUGUUGAAAAAGAACCCAACCACCCCACCUGACUUCCUGUUUCACGGUUAAACUGUAGGGGAGGGCAGGCCGCUCAGCAGGAUGGUCGUGCCCCAUUUCCCAGCAGAGGGGACUGCUGCUGGAAGGGGCCAUUUUGAGUAGGUCUGCCGUGCUGGGUCCUCCCACAGAAACAGAGCCUUCAAAAGUGGACUGAAACGUCCUACCCGUCAGGGGAAAGAGCAAACCAGCAAAGAGUUUUCAUGCAUGGGCUUGCUUAAGCUGCCUUGGAACCCCUCUUGUGAGUAUCUGAGCAUUGCAACCUGGGGAAGUGAGGCAUUUGUAAUGCCAAUGAGCAUUCUGGCCACAGCAGGCUUUGCAGUCACCUGGCAAAUCUGGUUGAAGCAAGAGCUGGGAGAAGCCUUAUGAUCAAGGGUCCCACACAAGCUCACUCACCUGUAGGGAAACUGAUGCUCUUUUUCACUGUGGUGUUGGAAGAGUUGAACCUGACUUCACAUGUGUAGCUUUUCUCACUCAUCUGUGAGUCCAUGGGAAGAGAAGGGAGACUGAUGAAGGUUAAGGAGCCGCUGCUGGUUCUCGCCAAAAAUGUCUGUUCCUCUUCCCAAAGAUCUCCAGAGAUGCUCCAGGACACCUGGACCAAGUUGGAUGCUCCAUGGACCACGCAAGCAAGACGGUCACUCUGCACAGACUUGGAUGUUGGAUGAGCAGAUGGGAGCAAAAGUAUCACCCGGGUGCUCGGGGUGUAACUGUCUGAUGGGGAGAAGUAAAGCAAAGAAUUCAGCCACGAGCCAUAUGGUUCAUGUGAAGAGAUGAUCAGGUCCUUAUUUCAGAACCUCAGUCUGGUGUUUGGCAAGUUGUGUUCUGGGGACCCCGAGGGCUGCAAGAAGUGUGGAAGGGGCCAGUGAUGUGGUGAGGGGCUAGGCUGGGGUGUUCUCACUUGGUGUUGCACACAAGAAAGCUGGAGGAUUGUGCACAAGAGAGGUCUUCUUCCCACCUUCUUGGGGGACCAGGCCAGGCCAACCACAUCAGCAGGAAGGACCGCCGGACACUUUCACACCUAACACAGGAGGCGAGAAGCAGAGGUUCUCUUAGCCCUGGACUUCUGGGCCGAAAUCCAGGGCCUCCACACCCCCUGGGCUCCCCCAAAUCCUCUUUAGCUGGUCCCAGGUGGUUUGGUCACUGCUAGACGGCUAAGCAUGGCCUCUUUGAGGAAAAGAAAUAUGUGGGAUAGGAAUAUGUUAAGUUGUGUGUUGAAAUAUUUCUGCUAAUGCAUAUUUGCAUCAAUGUACCCGUUCUAAUUAUUUAUUUCAUUUUUAGACUGCCCCAUCCAAUGGCUCUGGGUGGUACACAAGUAAAAACCAAAAACAAACACAAUUUAAAACAAACUGCUUAAAACAAUAGAAAAACAAAUUUAACACAAUUCAGAGGCAUUUAAAACCAAUUUAAAAACAUUGAAGAACAACUUAGAAACCUUGGAAGGCCAGGCCAAACAAGUACGUUUUUAGGGCUCUCUUGAAGGCCAACAAUGAGCCCAAACUACGGAUAUGUGCCGGGAGUGCAGCAUUCCACAGGCCAGGAGCAGCUGCAGAGAAGGCCCGGCUCCGAGUUGCCACCGGAUGAACCGGUGGUAACUCUCCAGGGUGCUUUCCAAGUUGCGAGCCUUACACCACAAAAAGCGAUGUAAACUUCAGCAUGGUGCCAAAUUCAAACCGCAUUAGAGAUCCAUUGUAAGGGGCAAGCCUCCUACAACGGGCAAAUACAGCUUUUUUUUGCAACGGACUAGCAACAUGGUAACACUAUAAUGCAAAGAUAAAAUUCUAAAGAAGGUGUCAGAAAUAUGAACGGCACCUUCCCUACAAUGCAGGGGCUGCAAUGUCAAAACACAGGCAAAUCGGAAGCACACUUAAGGGACCCGUUGUGACACUGUGAUAGCGUGCCAUCUGGAGAGCGCCCAGAUGACCUCAACAUGUGAUGGGGAUCAUACAGAAGAAGGCACGCUCUAAGAUGCUGAAUCUCAGGGAAAUACAAGAAUACCACAAAAACUGGCCCAGAGACGGGCAUCUCCUGGAGAGACCCUAAGGAUCAGUUGCAUCCUUCCUUAUGGAGUUUAUACCAGGGGGGUGACCUGGUACAAGGAAGACCAAGACAGAAGCCUGCACAUAAUUAACCAGAGUUAUGAAGACAUGACAGCAGGACAAAACUUCCCAGGUCAAGUCAUUCUGACCCUCAGGCAUGUGCAGAGAAAGGACUCCAGGGUUUAUUAUUGCUGUGCCACAAACACCAAGGAAGGAUUCAGAAUCCUGAAUGGGUCGAGACUCAUCGUCAGAGAUGCCUCUGGGUCAAGCGCUUCCAUCCUGGCACCUUCCUUUUUGGAGGGGGCUCAACUUAGUCACCACAUCCCCCUACUCUGCUUCUUCUAUGACGGACACCCUGACCGGGAUACUGUCUCCUGGGAUAUUCAUGGAAAAACAUUUGAGCAGCAGGACGGUGACAUGAUUGACGGGGAAGGAGCCUUCAGCAUUUGGAGUUUGCAGCUGAUGCCUCCAGAGUUCUGGACCGAAGGGAUGUCUUAUUCCUGCUCCGACCAAGAGAACAGGAACCUCAGUGCUGUGGUACCCACCAACACAGUGCCCACAAACACAGGAAGCUGCCGUCCCAUUUUAUACAUCGGGCUGCCCUGUAUCGCUGCCCUCCUGCUGAUCUCUGCCUGGGUCUUGCUCUUCAGCAAGCAUCUUGGCAAAGGGGAUGGAGAGAAACUAGAUGCUCAAAUACCCAUCGAGGAAACCCCACAGCAUCCUCUGAUGACCAUGAUCUUGCUGUUUUGUGCAUCAGCUCUGGGCAGAUGUCUUCUCCAUUCAGCUGAUGGCAGGACAGUGUGCACACACCGCAGAAAGACAUCAUUCAAAGAGGAUGAGUUUGCUCCCAUCUCUGCUAAUUUCUAAUGCCCAGAAACCGAAACAGAGAACUGCUUAGAACUGGAUUAACUGGUCCCUGCGUCUACUUUGGCCACUGACCUCUCCCUUGGAAGUCCUUUUCUGAGGCCUUUGUGGGCAGGCAACCAUUUUGCUGGCUUUUCUAUGUCAACACUGGGAGACCUUCCUUUUUGUGAAGAACAGAAGAACAGCCCUGCAGGAUCACACCCAAAUCCCAUCCAGUCCAGCACCCUUUUCACACAGUGGCCCACCAGAUGCCCUGGGGAGCCACACAACCAGGAGAUGAAGGCUAUCUCUUUCUUCUCCUGCUGCUGCUCCUCUGCAACCAGGAUUUGAUGGCUAUAGCCAUCAGGAUCAGUAGCCACGGAUGGAAUUGUCCUCCACUAAUUUGCCUAAGCUCUGCUUAAGGUUAUCCAAGCUGGUGGCCAUCACCACAUCCUGGGGUGGAGAAAGUAGCCUUGGAGGUGGAUUCCGGCCAAGGAGCGAGUCGAGCAACCCUUCUAGUGGGAAUGGAGGACUAGAAACACAUUUGGAAGAAGACCCCAUUGUCACUGUAACAUCCCCUGGGAAACCCAGAACAAUGUCCAGGGUAGCGGGAAAUGGUGGGAUGGCAGCUUCUCAUCAAAGGGGACCAUUCGGGAGGAGGAAAUCCUUCCCCACCCAACAGCCCCACGCUUGCCCCUUUCAGGAGCGGAGGGGCAGGAUCGCUUUCCUGAUGGCCCUGAUCCAGGCCUGCCAGGAAGCCAUCCGGAGGGGGGAGCAGCGCCUUCCGUUCUCGAAAGGGCUGGCCGCCCAGGCCGUGCUGGUGAGUGAUUUGGG